AUGGGGACCCGAGCGCCAGCAGCACCCACCGCGCCGCGCCGCGCCGCGACGGCGCGGUCGGCGCCCCUCCUCCCAAAAGCGUCCAUCCGCCGCGCCUGGCCGCGCCCGCGGGACGGACCGGGCGCCCAGGCGUCGAUGGGAGUCGGCAUCAGGCCGGACGACAAUGAUGUGGCGUCGGAGUUGAAGCUGGUGGUGCCCAAGUCGGCCUACGGGUUGUCGCAGAGGCAGAUGGCGGCGCUGGGCCUCGUGGGAGAGCAGGUGGCCCGGCGGUACGAUGUGUGCGAGGACGAGCUCACGGCCGCGGCGCACUACGGCGGCGAGGUCGUGAGCGAGCACACGAGGAUCGCGACCCGCAUGGCGGGAGGCCGCCCCCCCAGCCAGGCCCCGCCGGACCUGCCGUCCCUGCUGCUCGACGGCCGGAUAUGCUACAUUGGAAUGCCGCUUGUGGCACAGGUUACAGAACUGGUGAUAUCCGAGCUGCUGUGGUUAAACUACAACAAUCCUGAGCAGGCUGUCUAUGUGUACAUUAACUCAGUUGGCUCACAGACACCUGACGGUCAGACAGUAGGGUUCGAAACGGAGGCAUACGCCAUUCUCGACACCAUGGCUUACAUCCGACCCACGAAAUACACACUUGUGGUCGGCCAGGCCUUUGGAAAUGCAGCCAUGAUCCUGGCGUCUGGCAAGAGGGGGGGCCGAUACGCCCUUCCACACUCACGAAUCAUGCUCGCCCCUCCCAGAGCGAACAGGAGCUAUGGGGUUGCCAGCAACGUGAUGAUUAGAGCCAACGAGCUGGAGAACUGCACCGAGACGUACAUCGACUUUCUGACCGGCUUCACGGGGAGGGACAAGGACGAAAUCAAGAAAGACAGCGGUCGCAACAGGUACUUCACGCCAGAGCAAGCGAUUGAGUAUGGGCUGAUUGACAAGGUUGUGCAGCCGGAGGACACGAUGAUAUCCGAAAAGGACUAUGAUCGCAUGCUGGCGCAGUCCCAGGCCAUGCAGCAGAGGAUGGCAGGCAGUGACGCUCCAGCAGCCGCAGCUGGAUAG